AUGGAAGCGAGCUCCUCUAGCCGUACCUGCUUUUGCUUGACUCCAUCAGCACCGCCCAUUCGGCUUCAUGACACGCACUGCGGCGAAUGUCUAGGGCCAUCUGGCGGUGAACAAACACCUCGUUUGACCACCGUUUGCGAUAAAAGCGGGUCUUUCGGGCACUUGGUCCCCGUCCUCCGGUGCCGUGCCUUCCUCCGUCAACUCACGGUCCCCUCUCCUUGGGAAGGAGGUACCGAAGUACGUACCCUUUUUGCUUACCUAAUGGAGGCAGGUACGUUCGGGAGAUGCCCAAGGCCUGCGAGGACCUUCCCAGUAGCGAGCACGACAAGCGCAGUAAAACUUGAGCUGUCACCGUCUGACCAGAAGCGCACCGUCUCCCCGCUAGCCCAACCACCCACCCCUCCCUCCUCCAACUCUCUCCCAACCCAAACCGUUUUCUCUCAUCGAAUGCUUGCUCAUGGCACUCGAUCAAUUCGAUGCCCAACCUCUCAUCCGUCAUCAGUCCACGGAUACAAGCAGCCCAUGGAACGAAAGGGAAGAAAAACCAAGGAAUGA